GAGAAUUACGCGAAGUGUCUUAGCGCGGGGAUUCUGACGCAAAAGCAACUCUCUUGUUGAUAGAUAAUGAUGAAUUAAUGGAGGGGCUCCAGAACGAGUCCGAAAAAGCUCGAGAGUCCUGCUUUCAAUCGCUCGUGGAGCGUUGCUGUGGAGAAGCGACGAGCUGUCAUUUUGCCAGGAACAACACCUGGCUGGGUGACAUCCUCUCGCGAUCGUGUCAAGCGCUUUCUUCCGCUGGCCAUGCCAUGUGUAGGGAUCAAGCUCCGUCCAUGAUCCCUGGAGACAAGCGGGGCAUUAACAGCGGACGGUUGAGAGUGCUGGCGCCCGGGCAUGGACCAGGGCAGCCGUCUCGUGGGAGUCUGAAGAGCCUCGUGCCUGUUGUCCCACCAUCGUUAGAGACCUCAUCAAGACGUGAAGGGCAAGGUGCCCCUCAUGCUCUGUCUCUCUGGGCUCUCGCGUGCAGUCGGAGAGGUUUCUGUGCCGCUUCAUGCAGUCUCGCCGGUGCUAACUCGACUGAAGUGGGUCCGGGGAAGUGCAUCCGCUGCUGUGGAUGCGCUCGCUAGGAACGAGUAAGAAGGCGUCGAUCGGUUCCGGACGCCUAAAAUUACUCGUCGCUGCUGGUGAAGUCAUUUUGUUUGAGGACACAAGCUACCCCUUUUCUAUCGCCGUCGUCAUCAGAUUAAGGUGGGCUGGUGGGGGACAAAGCCCCGAAGCCUCGCCCCUCCGCCGUAAUUUUUGCGGUGCUGUGUCAGUAACUUUGGCG